GUCCUCCUCCAGAUGCCUUUCUUCUGCCCCUCCUCUCCGGGUGCAGACACUGCCAGCGCCGGCUGCGGCUCCGCGCGGGAUUUGGGCUCGUUUCCCCUGGGGGGUUUUGAGGAGCGAGAGUCCUUCCCCCUCUUCGAUGGGAUUUUCCUGCCUUGCUGAAAUGGACUUUCAUUGAUUUCGUCUUAGUUCUACGUUUAGUGACCAAUUCCCUAGGCGUUUUUGUGGUACUUCCCUUUUUCCUCCCCGCCCGAAUAUACAAUCUGUAAAAUGGAGAACGAAAUCUUGACUCCCCUUCUGGAGCAGUUCAUGACCAGCCCCUUGGUCACUUGGGUUAAAACUUUGGACCUCUGGCUGCAGGAAAUGGGACCAACCUGGAUGAAUAUGUGGCUUUGGUGGAUGGGGUAUUCUUGAACCAGGUCAUUCUCCAAAUGGCUAACUCAGUCAGCGAUGAUGUCCUUAUUUUUACUUUGGAAUUUUCUAAUUGGAAGAGACUUCCACCACCUGUUGAAAAGAUGAUCUCUGCUCGUGCAAACUCUUCUUGGGCUCUUCAGCAACAUAUGGGUGAUCUCGACUCAAGGCCCACGAAUUACGUGGCCUGCUGGACGGGUCCAGUGGCACCCAACGUGGGGCUGCACGAGGAUCGUUGGUCACUGGACAGCCCCCAAUUGAAGGAAAAAGCGUUCCGGAACGUGCUUUGGUAGAGACGCCUUGCAUCGCUCGUGCAUCGUCUUGAGAAACGCCACGCUUGAAAAUGCAAGAUAUAUUCGCAAAAAAUAUUGAGCCACUUUAUGGAGCCCUCGCCGUAACCUUGAUGUUCCUGAUUGUUCUUUUCUGCUGUUUUUGCCUUUGCUGUCACAUGUCAGGCCAGGAAUGCACUUGGUAAGAUCACACAUGGUAAGGAUGUUAUGCUUAAGAGCAGUCUGGUCAGGUUGCCUAAUAUCCCUCUGGGCUGGGAUAAUUUUGGCUGGCUUUAAGCCCAUUGACCCGGAAGCCAUUAUAAAGAGUCUGUAUGGACCCCCUUGCGAUUGCAAAGGAGGAGAUGUUCUGUCCCCACCAUCAACAAGUUUUAAAACUGUGGAUUGUGGGACUAAGAUGGCAUACUUGGGUGGAGCCCGUAACAGUUAUGGAGAUCCCUAACAAUCCACCCAACAAUGGACAUGUGCUGCCAAACCUAAGCGUCUUUCCCAUGGUUCUCCAUGUCCUAAAGACUGCAAAUACACAGAUCAGAUGCAUGCACGAUGUUAUUCUUCUUACUCAGAAUGCAUUAACAACGGCCAAUCUUAUUUUACUGCCCUGGUCACUCAUCACUGGAAAGGAAAUGCUGGAGGUGACUGGUCAGUUCAGCCACAAAUCCUAGGUUCCACUAACAAACUCUCACAGGCCUCAUGCACAGUCCCCAUUGGCAAACUUGCAUGCUGGAAUAAAAAUGCUCCAAUCCAUGUCUCCGACGGAGGAGGCCCCACGGAUACAGUCCGUGAAGUUCAGAUCCAAGAGGAGGUACAAAAAUGGAUUGACUCCCAGAUUCCUCAGAUUCAUUAUCACCCCUUACUACUUCCAAAACCUAGGGGUGUCGAAAUUGAUCCUCAAACUUUUGAGGUCCUUGAGGCCACUCAUUACACCCUAAAUAUUACCAAUCCUACAUUGGCUCAGGACUGCUGGAUGUGCCUUGCCUAUGGAUCCCCCUGGCCUUUAGCAUUACCGUCAUCUUUUAAUGGCACUUUUAAAUCCUCCCUUGAGAAUUGUAUUCUUAUGCCCCCUUUUUGGGUUCAACCUGUCGCAUUUAAUAUGACAUUAUGUGUUUAUAAGCAUUAUCAAAAUAAUAGCUUUGAUAUAGAUGUAGGGCUUAUUACCUUUACUGCCUGCAGUUUAAAAUAUAAUGCAUCCUCUAUGCUAUGCCCCCCCACAGGGCAUGUGUUUGUGUGCGGUGGAAACAUGGCCUACACCGUUCUCCCUAUGAACUGGACAGGGCUUUGUGUCCUGGCAACUCUACUCCCUGAUGUUGAAUUACUACCAGGGAAUGAACCAGUACCCAUUCCCACUUUUGAUUAUUUUAGUCCCAGACAUCAAAGAGCCAUUCAAUUCAUUCCCCUACUUGUGGGGCUAGGCGUUGCUGGCACCCUGGGGACUGGAACUGCAGGAUUGGCCACUAGCCUUUCUUCCUAUACUAAGCUCUCCCAACAAUUGGCAGAUGACAUUACUAAGGUCUAUACCUCGGUACAGGAUCUUCAAGAUCAGAUAGACUCCCUUGCGGAGGUCAUACUUCAAAACCGGAGAGGUUUGGAUUUGCUCACAGCAGAUAAGGGUGGACUAUGCUUAACAUUACAAGAAAGAUGUUGUUUUUAUGCCAAUAAGUCCGGCAUUGUACGGGACCGAAUAAAACAUCAUCAGGAGGAAUUAGAACAACGCAGAUGCGAGCUGCACAACCGGCCAAUAUGGACCGCUUGGGGAGGAAUCCUCCCAUACCUUCUUCCCUUUUUUGGUCCGCUUUUGGGACUCCUUUUGCUUAUUUCCUUUGGGCCAUGGGCUUUUAACCGUUUAACGCAUUUUAUUAAGUCUCAAAUAGAUUCUGCAUUAAAACCUGUUGAGGUUCAUUAUCAUCGCUUAGCUGCCAAUGAAGAAGCUGCCAAUGAAGAAGUUGCUGUGAUCGAGCUACAGAAGAUUUCCCUUCCUUCCCCUCAACCCUUAUCCCUUUCUCACUCCCCACUUAGAUUUCAUACCCCAAGCCCAGGCCCAGGAUGGAAAUUCUGGACAAAAUUGUAAAAUUUGGCCUUGCUAGAUCUGUCCCCAUGGUGCUUUAGCCCAAAAAUCCCAUGAGGAAGAAGACUGGAAAGUCAGUGACGGAAGAAUUGUUUAAGCCUAGGCCCACCUAAGACAGGGCAAUCCUAAUGGGGAAAAUGUCCCAAAGACGGGUAAAGGUCUAGCAUCAGUCUUCUAACAGGCUCAGUCUCUCUCAUGAUUCUGAACUUGACACCAGCCAUAGAGUUGCAGAAUACCCACCGUCGAGGCCUUGCACGCUGAUAGCUAGUUCUCAUUGCACCAGCUUAGGCUCGGCACCGAGGCCUUGCACGCUGAGGGUUAGUUCCCAUUGCACCAGCUUAGGCUCGGAUCAAUUUUGGGUCUGCUCUGGCUACAGAGUCUUUGGUCUCUCGAUUAUCAGAGUAGCACCCAGAUCCUAAAUCCCAAUUGGCUCAUUUAUAUAUAGAGAGAGGGGGAGAUGUUGGGGACCAAGAAGCCCCCCGACCAAAUAUACUGGUCAAUCUUCCUCAUUCUCUCUGCAAGGACAGCUUGCUGCAAGAGCAGCCUGCUGCUGAAAGCACACUCAGUUGUGACACAGUUCUUGGAACGGCUUAACCACAAGAUGGUUCAGAAAGAUAUAAAACAAUUACUUCCCCCUUGGCCUAGGGCGCAAUAGUUUCCAUUCCCCUCUAACCUUACCCCUCCCUGCCAGAACCAUUCUAUAAAAAUAAACCCCUGACUGCAAUAAACGGAAC